CAGUCAACUCAACUCAACAGACAGCGAGUUUUAUAAGAGUCUGCAGUGUGUUUUUACCUAUUUCCAGUGUAGGGUACCUAAAAAUAAAUGCAGCUAUUUAUUAGGUACCAAUUUAGUAUUAAAAAUAUACAGCACCUCCGCAAAAGUGCACAUUUCGUCUAUUCGUCAAGUUUUUAUUUAAUUUCGUAACUUUUGUUGAGUUGAGAGUCGUCAGGGAAAGACUCUAUUAGUACUCGAAUACGUGUGGGAGUGAAAAAAAAGUACCUAAACCCAAGGGCUUACCUUGUGUGUAACUGCUGUUAGUGUUGUUAAAAAAAAAGGAGCAAAGCUUGCACUAGCAAGAAAAAUACAGAUCAACAAAGUGCCGAACUCUUUCUUUGACGAUCUUUUAAUAUGUAAAUAAAGUAUUAUUUCGACAGCACUUAGAUACGAGUGAUUGAUGUUGCACAAAAGCGAGGACGAUAAAUUUAUUAAUAUGGCAUCGACGAAUAUUGUUUGCAUCUCAGUAUUCUGGAAAGUUGGAAAGUUAGCUGUCACACAUUGGGGAUAAAGAAGCGUGAACUGGCUACUUAUAUGCCAUACGUGUUUUAUUUAACACACAACGAAACAAAAAAGGAAGAUAGGCGGCUGCAUCAGUGCAGUCGGUCGGAGCUCCGUCGACCAUGGAACAGAUGAUCGCUUUAAGUACGCAUAACCCGCUCUCUUUGCUGAUGGUUAAUUUGGGGAUGAUGUCGUGGAACGACAGUUGCGGCGAAGAAAACUGUUCCGGACACGGCGAGUGCCACAACGGCACCUGCCUCUGCGAGAUCGAGUUCGACGGGUCGCGCUGUCACGCGCCAAAUUUCAGCUACUACGUAGCCUUCGCCAGCAUGUUCUUCAUCCUGGCGUUCAUCUGUCUCGUUCAGCUGAUCAUGUGUAUCAUAGCCGAGUGGAAGAGGAUGAAGACACCUUCGUUCCUCAGUGCCUGUCGUGUCACCACCCAGAAGGUCCUCUACUUCGUCGUCUUUCUCGCUUCGCUCAUCCGCGCUGCUUACUUCACUUCCGCGCAGACCACGUACAAGCCCGGCUGGUCCAGAAGCUUGGACUCCGCGUACUAUCCCCUGGUGACGAGCGGCUUUUCCUGUAUCGUUUGCUUCUGGGCCGAAAAGUUCCACCUGCGAGACGUGUGCACGGAAAAACCACAGUUUCUCUCAAAGUCGUUCCUCGCCUUUGUCGUCUACAACUUCCUGACCUACUCCCUUUUGGUGAUCGAGCUCGCGACCGCGUUUAUGUUCGAUCCAAAGGACCAGAAUCAGUUCACGCAAAUUUUCAACGGCUGCUACGCUGUGCUGCUCUUCAUCGUUCUCAUCUUCUUCAUCAUCUACGGAGUCGAGGUGUUUUUUAAGGUUCGUGGUAGUUUUAUAGGCGACAGCAAAGUGAUUUCGAUCACAACGAGUAAGAGGACUCCCGAUGAUCCUUGCGCAACAGGGGAAGAAGAGGAUGACGCGACAACAGCAAAGUUAUUCCAGUGCUCGUGGAACGUAAAACAGCAGGUGAACACGUCGCAACUGCAUCAGUCGAGGCUUGGUCUCCUCUCCCAAGCCUUCAUGCUCUUUGUGGUCGUUGCUUUCUUGCUUAGCAAGACUUUGAGCGAGUUUUGGAGAUCAAAAGUUCCACUGUCCAGUAGAAACUGGCACGACCUGGUCUUUCGAGUAAUUGAGGUUGGUGUCAUCAUGUGGUUUCCCUGUGUACUGUGGAACUGCAUGUACCCCGAGCAGCUAUGGAUCCUGAACCCUCGUCGAAUCUUGUAUAAAAGGGACCAAGCCAAGAGCUCCAAAGAAAUCGAGCUGCAAGAAAAAUCAACGACCCAGUCCGAAUCAAAACCUCUGACUGAUGCUAUCUCAACCACCAGUAGCGCCGACUGUUGGAUUUGUUAUGAUAGCGAGCGGCAGGACGCCGGUCCAUUGAUACAGCCGUGCCGAUGCAGCGGUGACGUAGCCGCGGUGCAUCACGACUGCUUGCGCCGUUGGCUCGUCGAGAGCUCGACAAAUAUUGACAAUCUAACGUGUAAAGUGUGCGGCUCGCGUUACAAAGUUGAACAAUCGAGCCGAUUUGACUGGCAGAGUAACUUACUAUUGCGCUACUGGCUGCAAACAAUUGGCAUCGUUACAACAAUGUGCGGCUCGUUCGCCAUUGCUUGUACAAUCAUUCAGUUGGUUGAGAAUUCGUACGCGAAAAUGUCUGCGGUAGCCGCUGCUAUUAUCAUCAUAUACAUUUGUUUCAAAUUUUUAAAUGUAAACAUAGCAGUGGCCUGUCAGAAAGCCAAAAUAUUGUCCUUGAACAUUAUCAAUGCAGAAACCGUCGCGGAAGCUCAGCUCUCGACGAUUAGUCGUAGUGUCUCUGUCACCUUGGCAAAAUAAGAGGACUGAAAAAAUAGUAGACAAGAUGAUAAUGAUAAAAUACUGCUAAGGUAAUUAUUAAUUGCAUAAAGUGCGAUUCCACAUGACUGAAGCAUAACAAUGAGCGCCUGAAUUUUUAUACUUGAAAGAAGAGAAGAUGCUUAUGUACAGAGCGCUUGAGUAAUUCAGUUUGACAAUUUGUAAAAUGCAUUUUUUUAAAUGUAUUGAUUAACUUGACUUGGGGAUUGAAAGUUACAGCAAAAUUUAUUUGCCAAGAGUUAUUUCAUUUCACAUGAAAUUUUUAAGCUGUUACGACGAAAUGGACUGUUUUGACUAUUUUUAUACUCUGUACGCUAGGUAUUUUAAAAACUUUAGCUCAUAAAUGAUAUUCUAAGUCAAUAAAUAAUGCAAAACUGCUAGUCUAUACAUUUCUUUUUUUUUUUUUUUUUUUUUUUUGUAACAUUACAUAAUUUGUUAGCUGUUUAUGAGGGUAUUUAUUAUGAAUACAAAUUUCAAAGGUGCAUACAAGUAUCAAUUUUUCAACUUUCAUAACAAAUUCAGCAGUUUCUAAUUAUCAAAUCGCCAAAUAGGUAAACCUGUUGCAAAUAUCAUCACAAAUAAAAGAGAUAUGUACAUCUAUAGUUGUACAUACAUUCCGUUUUUAAGAUUUUUACAUUUUUCACAAUAAAAAAUAAAACUUUCACAUCCCGAGUAGGUGUGCUUUUUAUGAUCAAACAAUAAGUACAUUCGAUUGCUAAAAUAAUAAAAUACAUAAGUAAAAAAUAUUUAAAUCGAAAGAAUAGUAAAAAUAGUAGUUUUCCUACGAGUU